CCCGGCUGGUUUUCUAUCUGGGAAGCCUCCGGGGAUACGACGCCUCGCCCCAGCUCCCAACUUUCCACUGGUUCUUGUUCGAGUUAGCUGUGUGCGUCCUCAUUGAAGAAAUUGGCUUUUAUUAUUCUCACAGGUUGUUCCACCACAAGAGUAUUUACAAGCAUUUCCACAAGAUCCACCAUGAAUGGCAAAGCCCCAUUGCCAUCACAGCACUUUAUGCUCAUCCGCUGGAACACAUCCUGUCCAACAUGGCACCAGUCAUAGCAGGUCCACUGAUACUCGGCUCGCACCCUGCAACGUUCCUGUUGUGGUCUUCCCUGGCUGUCUUCAGCACAGUCACUGUUCACAGUGGAUAUCACCUCCCCUUCUCCAUGUCCCCGGAAUUUCAUGAUUUCCAUCACCUGAAAUUCAACCAAUGCUACGGCGUUCUCGGCCUCCUGGAUCACCUCCACGGCACAGAUGAUAAAUUCAGAGCCUCAAGGAACUACAACAGACAUAUUACGAUGCUCUCUCUCACACCUCCUCGUCAGAUGUUUCCUGAUGAACCGAAUGGUAAAUGCGUUAGAGGAAAACAGGAGUAACACGCAACCAGCGAAACCAUAAAAACCUCCAAAAAGGCGACAGAAAAUCCUAAAUAUAGUCCAAAAGGGAAACUGAAUUUAAUUUAUGAAUAAGCCCCCACACUGAUCAUUAGAUACAGUAUUUCCGUGAUAUAAAUACUUUCACAUAUAGCAACACCCAUGUUUAAACAAUCAGAUGAAAGUCGCUGGAAAGUCACGAUAAGUUCACUUACAAGUAGUACAAUAUGAGCCAUUAACUGUAGGGGAAUAUAUAUGCAUAUACAACGGCCUUCUCCGGACUUUUUACGGAUAUCACUACAUUGCCUUAGCCCAGCGGUUCCCAAAUAGGGGUAAAUUAUCCCACUGGGGGUAAUUUCGCAUUUGGCGGGGGUAAUGACAGUUUUCAUUUUGACAGGAGCUGUAAUAUAUAUAUAUAUAUAUAUAUAUAUAUAUAUUAUAUAUAUAUAUAUAUAUAUAGUAUAUAUAUAGGCAUAUAUGUAUUAUUAUUAAAAAAAGAUGAUUUAUUUUCAACCUUAUUAUAUGUAUGCAUUUCUUUUCAACAGGAGUAAUAGUACUUCUUGAUAUAUUUGUUUCAAUAAUUGAAUGUAAAGGAUGGUUCUACCAACUAAAAGAGUUUGUUUUACAUUAAUCAUGUACAAAAUAAUAGAUAUGGUGUGGGGGUAACGAGCUUGCUGCUGACCAGGAUUUUGGAACAAGUGGGGUAAUGACCAAAAGUAAUUGGGAACCGCUGCCUUAGCCCAUACUACAUUCAUGUAAUGCGAACACGUGUAUGAGUGUUUAGCAAUCAUACACCAGUCUUUGGUAAAAUGUCACACGUAGGCAAGUACACUUUCAAAUUGGGAAAGAACUGGCGUUUCUUGCAUUUAAAUUAACAAAACUUAAAUAUAGAAGAAUGUAAAAUGGCCUUGAUCGGCAAGUAGGCCCAUGCUCUUCCGAGGUGUACUAUCUAAUCAAAGUUUAAAAUUGACAAAACUUGAAGGUAAUUUUGUUUGUGGCAAUGUACCUUAUCAUAGGUAAAACAUUAUAAGUAAACCAUUAUAUCAUAAGUAAAACAUUAUAUUAAAAGUAAACCAUUAUCUCAUAAUUAAACCUUAUAUCUAAA